AUGAAACUGCCAUUUGAGUUCCAUCUUUUAUUUAUUUUUUCUUUCAAUGAACAGCUGGUUUCGCUUGCACAAGCAGGGUACGAACUGAACUCAGAUACACUUAAAACUGAGAUUGAUAAGGAAAAUGUUAAACCUCCUGUGAUGGAAGGACUUGAAGAUCUAGUCGCAAAAACAAUGAGAUUAAUAAACGGGCCCGCUCAGCCUCAAUCAAUUCCAAAAAACCCGUGGUUUACUUCAAAAUCAAAAUCUUCAAAGAUAUUACCUCUCAAUUCUGUUACAUCAAUAGUUGAUGGCUUGAAGAAAUUGUACGUUGAGAGAUUAAAGCCAUUGGAAGUCACUUAUCGGUAUAAUGAUUUUGCAUCUCCAUUGUUGACCAACAAUGAUUUUGAUGCUAAACCCAUGGUCAUGCUUCUCGGUCAACAUUCAACAGGAAAAACAACAUUCAUAAAUCAUUUUUUAAGAAAUGAUUAUCCAGGAGCACAUGUUGGACCAGAGCCCACAACUGAGAGAUUCAUUGUUGUCAUGGUAUAA